AUGAUCGUCCAGGAUGAACUUGUGAUGCAAACUCAGCCAGUGAAAGAGAUUUUUUGGGGUAGUUCUUUUCCAUGUGAGGACAAGAAGUCAGGGAGAAGGGAAGUUCUUGUUGCGCACUGUGAUAUGGCAUAUGACAGUGCACAACUCCCCCUCCCCCUCAUUUGUCAUGCAAAAUACCCAAUCCACCCUUGGCCUCUUGGCAUUGUUUGCAUGACAAGUUCUGGUAUCCCAAAUAGCACUGUAAUCCAGUGUAAAUCUGUCAUGCAAAGGCGGCAUUUUUGCUGAUGCUUGUAUUGCUGUUCAUGCAAUACAAAUGAGGGGGAGGGGGAGUUGUGCACUGUGAUAUGGCAGAGUGCUCUUCUACUACCGGGCGUGGGAUAGUUUGCUGA